CGAAACAGCAUCACCAUGUACAAGUCCCUGCUCGUCGUCUUCGCCGUCCUGGCUGUGGCUUCGGCCGGCUACAUCGCCAGCCCCGUGGUCAGCACCUACGGUGCUGCCGCCUACCCCGCCUACUCUGCCUACUCCGCCGGAUACUCCGCCUACCCCGCCUACUCCGCCUACUCUGCCUACGGCGCCUACCCCUACGCCUACUCCGGCCUCGGCUACGGCUCCUCUUACCUGUACCGUUAAACUCCAAACCGAGAAUGUGCUCGCUGCAGACGACGCCAUCCCGGACCCCGCAUCUCUGCCUCCAGACAGAAGUGCCUUCAAUCCAUCCUGGCUGUGAUCAAAAUUGAAUAAAAGUGUUCAUCCGCAAAAA